AGAGCGCUGAGACGCGGCGAGCUUCUAUCGUCGAGCGCUGUCAGGCAAACGAGCAGCAGGAAGGGGUACACCAUAUAACUUUCGGGCUAAUAUACAAGGAAAUUAAACAGAUCGACAUUGUGUGUAGAAGUAUGCUCGGUUUUGGUGUCAAUCCUACCGCUAACCGAUCGCCAUCUUGGAAGAAAUGGAUCAAGUUAAUCACCCAAGGAGGGGCUAUAAUGGAGCUGAAAAAAGCGGCAAUCAUUCCGGAUGUUGGGUCGAAAUUAAUCCGCAGCAAAGGAUUCAAUCUUACAAAUGAAGAAGUGAUGGCAAUCAAUCAGUGUUUUCACAGCGACCAACCCCCGGAAACAAUUCGUGCCAGCGGAUGUACGUAUUGUCUGAAGAGCGCAUGUCCGGAACAGGUUGUUGCCUUCAAUGGUGGACGGUACCUGAUUGCCAGCAAGACGAAGAGCAGCAUCAUUGUGGCGGUGUGUGAAUCCAAGGCCAAACUCUCCGCCGCCUCCACGUGGCUCCUGAGAAUCGCCUCUUCCAUAUCGUGAGUGACUUGGUAAGUCGCCACAACGAAAGAAUUGAACGCACAACGACUUCAGCACAUCCCGGGACCAAGAAGAACAAACUACACUUCAACUUCGACUGUCUAUUCCUUUAUAGAAAU